GCAAGAAAUACAAGGAAGUAGGAGGACCAGCUGUAAAGUGAAACAGUCUGUAUCUGUAUGUGAACUGGUUUGUGCCUGUGCUUGUGAUGUUGAUGGCUCUGGCUAGAAAGUAGCCUGUGGAGCGGCUGUACUUGUUUUACUUGCAGGUUAUGAAAUACUGCAUUACUGUCCUGAUAUGACUUCCUUCUAAGUUCAAAGGUUGCUGAAGUUCAGUGAGUGCCGAGCAGAGCUGAGUUCUGACAGAAAGAUGGAGCACGUCUCUUUCCCGCCACUGUCCCGUGUUGCCAUUUGUGGCGGCACCCACGGAAAUGAGAUGUCAGGGGUGUACAUGGUGAGAGAAAUGCAGAAACAGAUGGUAGAUCAGACUGGAUCUGUUUCUAUAACCAGUGUCAUAUCGAAUCCACGGGCCGUGGAGGCUUGCAGAAGAUACACAGAAACAGAUCUCAAUCGCUGUUUCACAAAUGCCUUGCUAAGCACCCCCAUAACAGACUCGACACCCUAUGAGUUGAGACGAGCCCAAGAGCUAAACGUUCAGCUUGGGCCCAAAGGAAGCCAAGAGACUAUGGAUCUGAUCUGCGAUCUCCACAACACCACUGCCAACAUGGGCCUGUGCCUCAUUUUUUACUCCCCAGACUGGAUCAACCUGCACAUUUACAAGUACAUACAGAGCAAGAUAACCUCUGCGCCUGUGAGAGCAAUCCAGCUGGAAAUACCUAUUUCUGAGGCUUAUUCCCUAGAGUCAGUGGGCAAACAUGGCUUUUCGAUAGAAGUCGGUCCUCAACCCACCGGUGUGCUCAGAGCUGAUAUCUUUAACAUAGCCAAAGAGGCAGUGGAUCUCACAAUAGAAUGGAUUCAGAGAUUCAAUUCUGGAAGUACUUUUGAAGGAGGUGAAGUGGAAGCAUACACUUUGGUGAAGAGUGUAGACUACCCAAGGGAUCCUAAAACCAAUGAGAUUACUGCUGCCAUUCACCCCCAGCUGCAGGAUAAUGACUUCAAGCUUCUCCAACCAGGUGACCCCACAUUCCAGUCAUUUUCUGGGGAGACGGUGACGCACGUGGGAGAAGAACUCUACCCUUUCUUUGUAAAUGAAUGUGCCUACUAUGAGAAGAAGAUUGCUUUCCAUUUAGCCAGGAAGGUCACUUGGACCUUCCCAUCCAUAAGUGUGAAGAAGGACUGAGAGUACAGAGACAGAAUGAGACCAGGAUAUAGUGUAGAGAUUUUAGAUUAUAAUCACAGACAAAAAGUGUACACUACAUGUGUAAUCAUGUUUUUAAAUCAUCUCAAAUGAGCAAAUGCACAAACUUAUGCAAUGAUACUUAAUAUAAAUAUAAUGAUAAUACAGCAGCUCUGCAACAGUACCUCUGUGAGGCUUAAGAGGAGGCUCGUGUGUAACAGCAGAGUUGUUUUUGUACUUGACUGAAUGAUAUUGCACAGGUGCCGGAGUUAUAAUCCUCCACCCCCUGUAUAUUAACUACUUUAGGAAAGUGAUCAUUUUUUCGCUCUGUCAAUAAUGCAAAACACAAUGUUUGAAUAAAUGGAAACAUGGAUCACUUUAA